CCUCCUUAGCGCUAUCACUCCAUUAAAUUUUCAAGUGAUCUCAGAAUAUUUUUACAAAAUUGGGUUGUUCGAUUGAUGAAUAAUCGCGUUGAUUACAAAUAAAUUGUGUAAAGAACAAUGUAAUUCCGACACAACCUUUCAAUUCUGGUAUUUUUCGUAUUGUUCGGUAGUUUUAAUAGGCGAGUGAUCGUUGCCUCCAAUCGAUGUAGUGAUCUGAACAGUUGUUGAUUAUUCAGUUGUUGCAAUAAUCGUAUUCAAGUCUGUAUCAUGUCUUCCACUUUGAAACCAUAUUUGACGGCUGUGCGUCAUACUUUAUACGCAGCGAUGUGCGUGGAUAAUUUCUCUUCGCAAGUAAUCGAACGCCAUAAUAAACCGGAAGUCGAAGUUCGAGCUAGUAAGGAGCUGUUGCUGACACCGGUGGUCAUUAGCCGUAAUGAAAAAGAAAAGGUCCUGAUAGAAGCAUCAGUGAACUCGGUACGUGUCAGUAUUGCCAUCAAACAAGCCGACGAAAUCGAGAAAAUAUUAUGCCAUAAAUUCAUGCGUUUCAUGAUGAUGCGAGCUGAGAAUUUCAUUAUCCUGAGGCGUUCCGCUAUACCUGGAUACGAUAUCAGUUUUCUCAUCACCAAUUUCCAUACCGAACAGAUGUACAAGCAUAAAUUGGUCGAAUUUGUGCUACAUUUCAUGGAAGAAAUUGAUAAAGAAAUCAGUGAAAUGAAGCUAGCCGUAAAUGCGAGGGCGAGAAUUUGUUCGGAAGAAUUUCUGAAGCGGUUUUAAUACUUUACCGGCUCGGAUCACGUCAAUGUAUUUAUUCGCCGUAUUAUUUUUUUUACUUUCUCAAUGAUAUUUUAUACUUCGUAAGCGAUUUUACCUGAAAUUUUUACCCAUUUUCUUGUGUAGAAUUAUGUAUUUAUUAUUUGUUUUGUAUAUAAUCGUGUAUGUUCACGUUCUAAUGUAGUUAUUUGCAAUAUAUUAUUCAAAUUUGUACACCUCUAAUCGCGUGAUAUGAUAGUAUGUUUUUUGUUUCAAGUUCCACUUAGCUGGAGAAUAAAACGAACAAAACUUUUA